UAUGUCGUCUGCUUUUUCUUUUGAUUACAAGUUUUCGAAGAGACAAAGUUUCAGAUUAUCAUGCAGAUUAUAAAGAAAACGGGACGAUCGCCAUUUCUGGAAACGUUGGUGCACAAAACUUGCUACGUGGCUGCACAAAAAAUAGGGCAACAAAUAAAAUUACAACAAUGUGAUAGUCGUGUGAACUCGUCUGAUGUCGCGGCUCUCCAUUGAUCCAUGUCACUCCAUGCUUUUGAUUUGAGUCCUGAGCCAGCCAUCAUAACAACACAAUACACAAGUUGUUCUUGUGCUGGUAUUGGCCUGCCACCAGAAACAAUCUCAUUAUGAUCGAUGGUUAAACUCAUCCCUCUAGAUUGGAGAAACUGCCAAUGGUGCUGAUCUCUUCUUCUCCUUUCUUUAAAUACCCUCUGGCCUCUGCCCACCCUUGUGAGUGUGGAUGUAUUCACGAGGAGUGAUGGAUUCAACUAUUCUUCCGGAUGGAGCACUUACGGAUGUCCGGCCAUGUUUCCCAAGAUUAAAGGUAGGCCGAAUGUAUAGUCUAUAUUCUUUAGGGGUUCAUUAACUAGCUCAUUUGUAGAACGACUGCAGACCAGACCGGUUUUGUCACAACUUUGUUUGCAUGUGUAAACAAUCGAAUUCAAAAAUAUUUUAACUUUAAGCCCUUCAAGCAAAGUGCAACUAUAAAUUUUUAUGCCGCCACACCGGCACCACCGCUUUUUGCUACAUUUCAAAAGCUAAAGUGUUCCAUACACGGCUUCAUUGGCUCAUUGCCAAUUUUGAUUACAUAACAUAGUUGGCACUUUGGCUGAGCUGCGAGUUUGGCACUUUGGACUGUCCUUGAAGUUUGCUCGUCAUGGUUGCAGCAGUUGCUACUCGUGUUCGGGCAGUUAUGGAGAUAAAGACAAAAAAAGAAAAAAAAAGUCGGUUUUCAACAAUAUAGCAGAAAACUUCCCUGUAAACAUAAAAUUAUGCAUUUCUGAACGGAAGUCUAAACUUCCUUAUCGUCGUCCCAAAGUUUCGUGAUUCUAGAAUUCGAAAGUUUCAAUUUCAGUUGACGUUGAAGGUGACGGUCUCCGUAUUCAUUGACCAUUUUGAAACGUUCUAAUCUUAAGAAGCCUAGUAGCUUCUCUGUCUGGCCGGUUAUGUGAAACAUUCCACUAGAAGCUUAUGCACAAAAAUAUAAGCCCUGGCUGGAGGGUAUGUUCUUGAUCGCUCAUCUAUGUCAUGUAGGCAACUAACGAUUGUGUUUCUUUUUAUCAACAUUCCAUUACGGAAUUCCUGACAGCAGGGCGUACGGCUGAAAACACAAAGAAUUAUUGGGAAAAAUCGGGGGCUGUGACAACCAUUGAAUGUGUCGCUCUGGGAAGCCAGUUGAAGUUCCUUUCUCGUGAAGCGACUCGGAAGUUGAUUCCAGCUAAUAAAGAUGAUCAACCGUAUUGCGUCACGAUACAGCUGUCAAUCAAAUUCAGGCUCCCUGACAGCCUAAUUCCAAAGAGAAUGCCGACGUUUUGUCACUAACAUUUGCUCUGCUCAAUUUAAUUAAUAACGUCCUUAACCAUGGCAACAUUGAUUAUUAUUGGAGCUGGAGCUUCUGGUUUGGCGGCUGCUUCCCGACUUGUUGAGAAAGGAUUCGACCCUGCCAAAAUUACUAUUCUAGAAGCCGAAAACCGUAUUGGUGGCCGGAUUCUUACUGUUCCUCAUGGAUCGAGCUUGAUUGAAUUGGGAGCCCAAUGGGUUCACGGACAUGAAGGCAAUGUCGUUCAUCCAUUGGCGGCCGCUGCUGGAGAGAUACGGACGGACAUUCACACUCUCGAAUCGACUGGCUAUGCAGAUGACGUAGAGAUGGCCUAUAGAGACGGACGGAAAAUUACUCCCGUACAAUUGAAUGAAUUCAAAAAGAUUUUACAAAGCAUAUACGACGACUCCAAGAAAGAGCUAGCCCAGUGGGAUAAAUCCUUGGGCGAAUAUUUUGAAUCCAAAUUUGGUGAGCAUCUGAAUCGAGGAUGUUUUACUACCAUGAAUCGUUCAACUGCUCUAGAUCUUUUGGACUGGGCCCAUCGAUCGCAGAAUAUCGAAGACGGCUCUGACAACUGGAAUGAUACAUCCGGAGUGGGUUCUCUAGAGUACCACGAAUGCGAAGGAGAUUAUACCACGGUGUGGAAACGUGGGUACUCUGUUCUAUUCGAUAUUUUAAUGAAAAAUAUCCCCAAGUCAAGCAACGGGUUAAAGCUCGCCUUAUCGGAUCGCAUCCAAUUAAAUUCGCCAGUGCAUCUCAUUCGUUGGAAUUCUGGUCAAGUGCAAGUCGUCUGCAGUGAUAACAUUUAUUAUGCUGACAUGGUCCUCGUUACUUGUUCGUUGGGAGUGCUGAAAGAUAGGGCUGACAAGCUGUUUACCCCUUUAUUGCCUGAAAAGAAGAGGAGAGCCAUUGAAGGCCUAGGCUUUGGAACCGUCGACAAAAUUUUUCUCGAUUUUCAUAAACCUUGGUGGACUUCCGAGUGGGGUGGGGUCAACUUUCUCACCGAUCCUUCAAUAGCAACUGGCGAUUGGGACGACAAAGUGAUGGGAUUCUCCACAGUUCGUGACCAACCCAAUUUACUAAUUGGUUGGAUUAGUGGACCAGCUGCCCGAGAGUGUGAAGCUUGUUCAGAGGAUGAGGUUUUGCGGAAGUGUUCUGCCUUGCUCCGGGAUGCGGUCGGUUCGAAUUUCGCCUACGAAGAGCCAAAGCGAAUCAUCCGCACGACGUGGUAUAGCAAUCCGCAUUUCUGUGGAUCUUACAGCUACCGAUCGAACAAAAGCAGAGACUUGGAUGUUUGGGCAUCUGAUUUGGCCGAACCGGUCGUCGAUGCGAAUGGUUCCGUUCGAUUGCUCUUCUCCGGUGAAGCAACUCACGAUCAUUGUUACUCAAACGUACACGCAGCGGUUGAGACUGGUUGGCGUGAGGCUGAUAGAAUCCUAAAACUGAUCAAAGAUACUCAGUUGACUGCCAAACUAUAGUGAGCAUUAUCUUUCUUAAGCCUUAUUAAGUGUCUUUAAUUGUUAGAACCGACUAAAAUAUUUGGGGACCAUGAUAUUGUCCAGUAAUUGAAUUGCUAUUAAAUAAAACAAUAUUUCAGGUGGGAA